UUCCCGCAGCGUCGUCGCGCUCGUGAACAGUGCCGUCACUAGUGCUCAGGUUCGCACGCGGCUGGAUUGUUCGAGGCUGCGCGGAAUGGCGUCGUCUCCUCUCGCGCCCAGCUCCCCGGGAGAGAACGAGUAUCCGUCCGGCUUCCCGCAGAGCAUCUGCGAUGAAGUUCCGGCGCAGAAGUACCUGUGCAGCCACUGCGACUGCGUGCUCAACGGCGCGCACCAGAGCGCGUGCGGCCACCGUUACUGCCUCGCGUGCGUCCACUGGCUCAUCAGAAACAACAAAAAUCUUACGUGCACUAAAUGUAAAGAGGACCCAAACCAGCAACAGAGCCAGGACUUACUGACUCUUGACCAGUUCUUCAACGACGCAGCGAUCAAUAAAGAGAUUCUAGCACUGAGAGUGCACUGUGCUAACCACGGCUGUACCUGGAAGAGCACCCUGAAGGACUUUGAGGAGCAUCAGAGUCAGUGUGAGUAUGCGCUAAUCCCUUGCAAUGUUGGCUGUGGCUUGAUGGUUCUAAGGAAAACUUUGGCCACUCACCUGGAGAAAGGCUGUCCCAAUAAUAAGAGCACAUGUCCUACAUGUUCCUGCCCUCUGACCCCUUCAGAACUUCAGAAGCAUGUGUGUACCAGUGACAAGAAGGCCACGAAAGGAGAAAAACGUCAAAAGGAUAAUAAGCAAGGAAAUACCAAAAAGAAAGAGGCGUGUGUCUUCUCUGACGUUGGGUGCACAUUUAAGGGAAGUGUGGAGAAAGUGCGAGAACAUGAAAACUGCAGUUCCGCUGUCCACCUCCAGUUAAUCCUCGAAACCCUCAGGAGCAUUCGAGUUUCUGUUCCCACCCCACCUGAGAGGAGUGUGCACUUCCCAGGCUUAGAUAUGCUCCUCCACGGCCAGAGCACACCUUCCGUGAGUGCUGAGUCAGCUGAUGAUUUAGAGGUCGACGGAGGCGACAGAGGAGGGAACGACAUGGCACUCAGCCUUCACGAUGACCAGGCUGAGCUUGAAGUGGGGCAGCAGCUUCAUGCCCUUCAGCAGAGGCUGCAGAUCAUGGAAAAUAUCAUCUCUGCACUUAACCGUGAGGUGGAGAAAACCCAGGUCACAGUGGCAGCCAUUGACAGAGACUCCCAGAACAGCAUGCAGCUGGUGGAGCACUUGGGGAACAUGAUCGCAGAGCAGCAGCAGAGAAUGAUCCGGAAAGACAUGCACAUCGCGUCCCUGCAGCAGAGCAUCAAUGCGCAACAGGACGUGUCUUAUGAUGGCACGUUUCUCUGGAAAAUCUGUGAUGUCAGUCAGAAGUUAAGAGAGGCAGCCACAGGGCAAAGGAGCAACCAGUACUCACCAGCUUUCUAUACAUCCAGGUACGGAUUUAAAGUGUGCAUGCGUCUGUACAUGUACGGAGACGGAGUGGGAAAAGGGACGCACAUCUCUCUUUUUUUCGUGAUUAUGAAAGGAGAGUAUGACCCACUUCUCUCAUGGCCUUUCAAACACAAGGUGACUUUCUUCCUCAUUGACCAGAACCAAAAAGAGCAUGUAAUCGACACCUUUCGUCCUGACCUCUCGUCCGUGUCGUUCCAGCGGCCCGUUUCUGAGAUGAACGUGGCCAGCGGGUGCCCUCUCUUCUGCCCUCUGUCCAGGCUUCGAUCUCCGAAGCAUGCGUACUGCAAAGACGACACACUUUUUAUCAAGUGUGUGGUGGACCCUUCAUCCUGAAUGAUGAGGAUGUUGAGGAAGAAGGGACUGAGGUCAGGAUGAGCGGGCUGCUCCUGCUGAAAGUCCGACUUCCACAAAAGUGCACUGAACCAUCCUUUUGUGGUGGUAUAUAAAUGCUGCAUAAUGUUGACAUGUUGUAGGUUGAAUUAGGGUCUAGUUAUAGAACUAGUAGUAGAACUAUUUUGACGGGUUUUUUAGUUUUCUAUAUAAUGCAAAAAUAAUAGGACUGACUUUAUAGAAGUAUGUGAUUUUACAGAAAAUUUCUGAAAAACAAAAAAACAUUUUGAGGUAACUGUUAUUUAGCAGUGAAACUAGAAAAUCAUAUUGUUUAACCUAAAAAAAGUCAUAAUUCAA